AUGUCGUCAAUGCUCGAAGUUCGCGACCAGCGUCGGUCCAGGUCAAAAUCCCCCGGCGGGCGGGACAGGGACAGGUCAAGAUCGCACUCACGCGACAACCGCCGGGAGGAGCGAAGUGAAUACAGCAGACGCCCGAGUCGGAAGUACGAAGUGAGCGAAUCGGAGAACGACGACGACGACCGCCGCAGGUACGCCGAGAAAAGAUCCAGCAAGGUAUACUACGAGGAAGACGCAGAGGACGACCGGCGCAGGCGCACGAGCUCAAAGAAAUACGCCGACGACAGCGACCAGGAGGCCAAGUACCGAUCGUCGAAGUCUACACAAGAGUACCGCAGGCGGGACGUCUCUGUGUCGGACGAUGACAGAGGAUACGCCAGGUCGAAGAAGAAGUCGGACAGCGACUCGGACAGGCGCAGGGACAGGGACAGGGACAGAAAGAGCAAAAGUAAGAAAUACGACGAUUCAGAUGAGAGUGAACCUGAGGACUACCGGCGACAGUCCACCACACGCAGUUCACGCGUCGAGUAUACUGAGGCAAGACCUCGCGACUCCCGUCACUCCAGUUAUAGUGGUGCAGAGGCACGCUACACCGCCCCUGAAGCGCCGCCGCCUUCGAACCAACGAUAUGCGUCCAAUGGUCAGCGGUAUGCGGAAGUCGACCAGUUCAAGUACGCUCAGCCGAAUGAUUAUACCGCGAGAAAGCCUGAAUACGAGCGCUCGCGGCCAUCGGACGGCAAGCGUGGAGGAGAGGGUUAUGACAAGAAAUAUCGCGAGGACCGAUACGAAUCCCGAGAGCCUAGAGACAAGAAGUAUUACGACGACAGAUAUGAGACUCGCGAGCCGAGAGACAAAAAGUAUAGCAAUGGCCGGUCUACCUCCUCAACAGACGACGUGACCAAGCGGAUGUCUUCUUUGGCUGUGGGAGGUGCCGCGACCCUCGGAGUAGCGGGAGUGGCUGCGCAUGCUGCCGGCGCGAAGCCUCCUGCGUCACCUCUCCUCGAAGCGUAUAAAGGCACGUAUCAGUCGAUUUCGCCCAUGCCAUCGGCGCUGGUUCUAGCAAAUCACAAGGACGAUUCAGAUCUAUCAGAUCUCGAUCUGGAUCUGGACGAUGACUCGGAUGAUCCAAACGCUGAUCUGAAACGAAAGAUCCGGAAGCUAGAACGAGAAAAGGAGAAGUACGCCCAAGAUCAUAGAAAGAGUGCUGCCAAUGCCAAUCUGAGCACGACAGAGAUACGUCCCCGGCGCUCAUCCAAUGUUGAAUCUCCACGGGAAAGCACCAUGAUAGAGAUCGCGCCUGGUGGCCGACGAGAACGGGCCAGCUCUAAUGUAAGUAUACUUUCCCCAGGCGGCGGCAACGGGAAGAAGAAAUCAGUGUCGUUUUAUGAUCCUGUCGAUGACGCAAAACGCAUCGCCGCAGCGCUAUCUGGCACACGCAGCGCGCCGGAUCCCCGACCCCUGGUACAGAUCCUGCCGUAUUUGUCUACCGACGAUCUCCUGGCUUUGCGCGCCGAGUACAAGAAACUGGUCAAAGUCAACGGCCAAGGCAUCAAUAUCGCCAAACAUAUCAAGAUGCGUCUACCUGGGAAUCUGGGCAAAGCAUGCUACGCAACCGCUCUGGGCCGUUGGGAGAGCGAGGCGUACUGGGCGAAUUCGUGGUACCAAGGCGGCGCGUCACGCCGAGAACUGUUGAUCGAAAGCUUGAUGGGCCGUUCCAACAGUGACAUCCGUGAGAUCAAGAACUGCUUCAAGGACAAGAAGUACUCGAACGAUCUCGAAAAGUGUAUCCGGACGGAACUGAAGGCCGACAAAUUCCGUAUGGCGAUUCUCCUUGCUCUGGAAGAGCGCCGCAUGCCCGAGUCCAGCCCGAUCGACAUCAAACUGGUGCGUGACGACGUCCAAGCCCUCGCACACGCGCUGGACUCUGCGGGCGGCGAGUCGGACAUGAUUCGGAUCAUCGUCGUGCGCAGCGACGCCCACCUGCGUGAAGUGCUGCGUCUGUUCGAACGCACAUACCGCGUCAACUUUGCUCGAGAGAUGAUCACCAAGUCGCGCAAUCUGGUGGGCGAGACACUUGCGCAUAUUUUGAACGGCGCCCUGAACCGGCCCAUGCGAGAUGCGCUGCUGCUGCACCAGGCCAUCAGUGAGACGGCGCCGGGCAAGGAGCGGACGGAGCUGUUGAUUUCUCGAUUGGUCAGGAUGCACUGGGAGCCCAAGCACCUCGAAAAGGUUAAGGCGGUGUUUCGAGAACGGUAUGGACACAGUGUUGAAGAAGCCAUCAAGCACGAAGUGUGGGCUCAGAUGAAGACGCAGGAAGGUCGGAUCUGUGCCGAGUUUUGCGCCGCCUUGGUGGAGAGUAGUGCCUUUGAACGACGGGGUGUGGGUGAUAUGCCUGUUGAGAUUAUUCGAUAG